AGCUUUUCUCUGCUCUGCCCUUUUCCAGCCAGCACCGUGUGGCGAGCAGACCCCCUGGCCGCCAUCUCCUCUCCACUCCACUCCACUCCACCUCACACCUCCACAUCUUUUCCCCCAAAAUUUCCCACACCGGAUACAAACUGUGGAUUUACUCUUCCUGGGACAACACCAUAGUCUAAGCCUUCUCGGUCGCUUCUGUCCUUUCUGUUACCAUGGAUCCCACCGCCAUUAAGGAGGAGCUGCGCCUCUUCCAGAGCACGCUGCUCCAGGACGGCCUCAAGGAGCUCCUGAACGAGAACCGCUUCGUGGACUGCACCCUGAAGGUGGGCGACCGCUGCUUCCCCUGCCACCGCCUCAUCAUGGCUGCCUGCAGCCCCUACUUCCGAGAGAUCUUCUUCGGGGAGGACGGGAAAGAGCAGUCUGCGGACGCCAACACCAAGGAGGUGGUGCUGGACGAUGUGGACCCCAACAUCCUGGACAUGAUCAUCCGCUACCUGUACUCUGCCGAGAUCGACCUGACCGAUGACAACGUGCAGGCCAUCUUCGCCGUGGCCAACCGCUUCCAGAUCCCCUCCGUCUUCACCGUCUGCGUCAACUACUUGCAGCAGAAGCUCUCGCUGGCCAACUGCCUGGCCAUCUUCCGGCUAGGGCUGGUGCUGAACUGCCCCCGGCUGGCCGUGGCGGCGCGGAACUACAUCGCCGACCGCUUCGACAGCCUGUCGGAGGAGGAGGAGUUCCUGCAGCUGGCGGCCCACGAGCUCUUCGCCAUCAUCGGCACGGACUCGCUCAACGUGGAGCGCGAGGAGAGCGUGUUCGAGGCACUGAUGCGCUGGGUGCGCGUCGACAAGGAGAAGCGCAGCAAGGUGCUGGUCGAGGCCUUCGACUGCCUGCGCUUCCGCCUGAUGCCCGAGAAGUACUUCCACGACAAGGUGGAGGGCGACGAGCUGAUCAUGGCCAACGCCGAGCUCAUGAAGAAGGUGCAGGAGAUCAAGGACGCCUUCCAGGGGAAGCUGCCCGAGACGAAGAAGAAGGAGCCCAAAGGAGAGGGCGAGAACGAGGGAGAGGAGGGGGAGGAGGAGGAGGAGGAGGGCAUGCUGCCUGGGUACCUGAACGACAACCGCCGGUUGGGCAUGUACAUGCGUGACCUCAUCGUCAUGGUGAACGACUCGGCGACUGUGGCGUACGACGUCAACGAGAACGAGUGCUUCCUCACCGCCAUGUCCGACCAGGUGCCCAAGAACCACGUCAGCAUCUGCAACGCCAAGAACCACAUGUACAUCAUCGGAGGCCUGUUUGUGGAUGAGGAGGACAAGACCAACCCACUGCAGUGUUACUUCUAUAAGCUGGACACCCUGACGUCUGAUUGGAUGGCGCUGCCGCCUAUGCCGUCCCCAAGGUGUCUGUUUAACCUCGGCGAGUACGAGAACCUGCUCUUCGCCAUCGCAGGGAAAGACCUGCAGACAAACGAGUCCAUCGACUCUGUCAUAUGCUACGACACAGAUAAGAUGAAGUGGAGCGAGACAAAGAAACUGCCCCUGAGGAUCCACGGGCAUUCUGUGGUGUCACACAAAGGCCUGAUCUACUGUAUCGGAGGAAAAACAGAUGACAACAAAGCGCUCAACAAGAUGUUUGUGUACAAUCACAAGCAGUCGGAGUGGAGGGAGCUGGCCGGCAUGAAGCGUCCCAGGGCGAUGUUCGGCGCCGUCGUUCACAAGAACAAGAUCAUCGUCAGCGGAGGAGUGAAUGAAGAAGGUUUGACUGCAGAGGCCGAAACAUAUGACUUCGCCACAAACCAGUGGGAGGCAUUCACUGAAUUCCCGCAGGAGAGAAGCUCUGUGAAUUUGGUGAGCAGCGGAGGAUCACUGUACGCUGUCGGAGGCUUCGCCCUGAUGGAACUCGAAAACAAAGAAAUCGGCCCAUCAGAAGUCACAGAUAUCUGGCAGUAUGAGGAGGAUAAGAAGCAGUGGAGUGGCAUGCUGAGAGAGAUGCGCUAUGCAGCCGGGUCCUCCUGUUCUGCCAUGCGUCUCAACGCUGCCAGGAUGCCCAAACUCUGAAGCAAAGCAUUCUACAACGACCUUCUCACCUCGUUACCCCUCCCAUAGCCCAGCUGUCGGGAGCCAUCCUGCUGUAGCCCUUUAAAAAGAAGAGAGCAAGCCAGAGAGUAGAGAAAA